AUGGCGAAAGGUGACCCUGCCAAACCGAAAGGCAAAAUGUCCGCCUACGCCUACUUUGUGAAGACGUGCCGUGAAGAGCACAAUAAAAAGAACCCGGGCAUUCCCGUAGUCUUUGCCGAAUUUUCCAAGAAGUGUUCGGGGAGAUGGAAGAUUAUGUCUCCCAUGGAGAAGAUGAGAUUUGAAGAAAUGGCCAAGAGGGAUAAAGCUCGGUAUGACCAGGAAAUGAUGCAUUACAUGCCGGGGAAACGGGGCCGGAAGAAGAAGAAGAAGGAUCCAAACGCGCCUAGAAGGCCACCGUCAGGGUUUUUCCUGUUUUGUGCGGACCACCGCCCUAGCAUCAAGGCUCAGAACCCAAACUUCGGAAUAGGUGACGUGGCCAAGAAACUCGGCGAGAUGUGGAAUAAUCUGUCUGAUUCCGAGAAACAGCCGUUCCUCUCUAAAGCAUCCAAACUCAAGGACAAAUACAGAAAGGACAUGGCAGAGUACAGGGGUAAAGGUAAGGGAGGUAUGGUAGCCAUGGCCUCCAAGGCUAUGAAUAAACCUCAAGAUGACGAGGAGGAUGAUGAAGAAGAUGAGGAGGAGGAAGAUGAAGAGGAGGAGGAGGAAGAUGACGACUAA